GAGCACAGCAGCCAGAAGAGGAGGAGGAGGAGGAGGAAGGAAGAAGGAAGAGCAGCCAGCUAAACAGUGUGGCUCCAGACGGCUAGAGAAAAAGAAGGUUUACUCCUCCUCACCUGGAGGAUCCAUGAAAGAAGCCAUGCCGGUGCUCACAGCAGGAGCAGGGCUCCAUGAGACAUUGGCCCUGCUUACCUCGCAGCUGCGGCCUGAUGCCAACCACAAGGAGGACAUGGUCUUCCUUAAGGAUGUCUUCAGCGAGAGAAGUUUAGCAUACCUGAUGAAGAUCCAUGAGAGGCUGAGACAGUAUGAGAGACAGAGUCCAACUCCUGUAUUGCACAGCGUCUCUUCUCUAGCCGAAGAUGUGACGGACGAGCUGCAGAGUCGUCCGAUGAACACGGAGGAGGGAGAGCUGCUGCAUCUGCUCACGUCACCACAUUUCAAGGCCCUCUUAUCCGUGCACGACAUUGUCGCUCAGAAGAGUUUCGAUCCAGUCUUGCCGCCGUUGCCAGACGACUAUGACGACGAACUGGAAGAGGAAUCAGUAAAAAUCGUGCGUCUGGUGAAGAACAAGGAGCCUCUGGGCGCCACCAUUCGGCGAGAUGAGGCAAAUGGGGCUGUAAUUGUGGCUCGUAUCAUGAGAGGAGGUGCAGCAGACAGAAGUGGUUUGGUCCAUGUAGGAGAUGAACUCAGGGAAGUCAAUGGCGUCUCUGUGGUCCACAAGAGGCCUGACGAGAUCAGUCAGUUGCUGUCACAGUCGCAAGGCUCCAUCACUCUUAAGAUCAUCCCUGCUAUUAAAGAGGAAGACCGACUGAGGGAGAGCAAGGUGUACGUAAGGGCCUUGUUCGACUACAUCCCGUUGGAAGACAAGGCCACACCAUGCCAGGAGGCUGGACUUCCCUUCAAGCGGGGCGACAUCCUUCAGGUAGUGACCCAGGAUGACCCUACCUGGUGGCAGGCCAAACGUGUGGGGGACAGCAACCUGCGUGCCGGCCUUGUCCCGUCCAAACACUUCCAAGAGAGACGACUAGCCUACAGGAUGAAAGUGGGGACGCUUCCCAAUCCCAAGUCCCCCAAAACGCCUUCUUAUGACCAAGCGUGUGAUAAAGACGACUGUGACUGUGAGGGCUAUUUCAAUGGACAGUACAUAGUCUCUCCUAAGUGUAACGCAGUGGCGCCCUCCUGUGGUCAGGUGUUUUCCUGGGAAUUUUAUUCAGCCGGUCUGCGUAGAAGCUUCCGUCUCAGUCGGAAAGACCGACAAGGCUCCUCGAGUGACGGCUCUGACGCGGGAGAGUCAGAGUUCCUCACUUAUGAGGAGGUGACCCGUUAUCAACAGCGGCCCAACGAGAGGCCACGACUGGUUGUUCUGAUUGGUUCUCUCGGAGCACGGAUCAAUGAACUUAAGCAGCGGGUAAUUGCUGAGAACCCGCAUCGCUAUGCUGUGGCGGUACCACAUACCACCAGGCCAAAGAAACCUCAUGAGAAAGAAGGCGUGGAGUAUCACUUUGUCACCAAGCAUCAGUUUGACACAGAUGUCCUCAACAACAAGUUCAUUGAGCAUGGUGAGUACAAGGAGAACCAGUACGGCACCAGUAUUGAGGCCAUCCGCUCAGUGCAGGCCAAAAACAAAAUGUGCAUCGUCGACGUUCAGCCAGAGGCCUUGAGAAGGCUGCGGACAGCAGAGUUCAAACCCUACGUGGUUUUUGUCAAACCGCGUGUUCCAGAGAGCAGACGGCGACGCACUGCUGCUACUUCACCGGGAGGGGCGGAGCAAGGUCGCAUUACAGACGAGGACCUUCAGGAGAUGCGCCAGUCGGCCAUCCAGAUGGAUCAGCAGUAUGGACAUCUGGUUGACCGGGUACUGAUCAAGGAGGAUUCGGCCAGUGCCUGCACAGAACUGCGAAGUAUUUUGGAAAGACUGGAGCGUGAGUGUUUUUGGGUGCCUCUCAGCUGGGUUCGGACCUAAAACACCCUCCAAACCGCCAUCAUCCUUAUCCUCAACCGGACUCGAGGGUCUGCUGCAUUUCCCAUCUAGCACUUGGCGGGAACCCAGUCUAAAUUGCAAAAUUCUGCCACUGCCUGAGUGCCACAUUUAUCAGGAUUGCUUUGAAGAACUGCUUGAUUCCUCGCUGCCUGGCUUGGUUUGGACGACUACUCAGUCAGCUUUACUGUGACUCCUGUUGGAGUCCAUCUAGUAGCAUGUUUUGUAAUCACUCCAGAUCACAGAAUGCUUCCCGGGGACUAAAUAUUCAAAAGAAUGUGUCAUAUGUUUAUUUUUCCACAGGCUUCUUUUAAAAGGAACUGCAUGUCCUCUUACGUAUUUCAUGUAAAUAAUGUACAUGUGACUCCUGGUGUGCCAACAAAUGCAACCUGUUUACCUUGGAGCCCCACCUGUUUUUAUGGAUGGAUGAAUAUUUGAGGGGGAGGGGGGGGGGGUGUUUUAAUAAUCUACCUGAACAGCUCACACAUUACAAAUAAAUGCUCAUGGUAAAUAAAAAGUGAUGACUGAUUUGUUCCAAAAACACUAAAUACAUUUGAAAGAGUUUGGAUAAACAAAAGUAUUAUGAUUGUUUGGUUUUACUGACAUGACAAUGGAAAAUGCAAUAAAAUAUGACGUACUGAAGUCUUAUUUCGGGUUGGUAUGCUAAUUUCUGGAAGCGGGGGGCACAUUUCGCUGCAACUGUAACAUUUGUUUUGGUCUUGGAAUGCUGUGCGACAGUCCAUACAAGCCUCAAUGUUAAUUUGUCAUUUGUAACGUGUAAACAUGUAAAAAGUGCCAUAACAAAUAAAGAAUCAAACUGGUUCAGAUUGGAGUUUAGUUCGCUUGCACACUAAUUACACCAUGUAACACAAAUUUUGUUCCAGGUUCUAACUUCAAAGUGGUAUGUCCUUGUUUG